AUGGUGUUCUUGGUCAAGAUACCAAACAGAGUGCCGGGGAGGGAUGGCAAUGCAGAGGCUCCCUCGCAGCUGGCAUCGUCGUCCGCUCAGGAGGAGCGCCAGGGAGUAGCCGCAGACCAAGCCACACUGCCACUGCCAGCUACAAGCUCCUCAGCUUCAACCGCGACGGCUGCUGACCAGCAAGGCGAUCAUACGCAGAGCACGACAGAAGAUGACUUGCUCCAGUCCCUCGGUAGCCUGCGCUUGGACGGCACCGCUGGGCCUGCUUCAGUCUUCGCUGCUCCCGCACAUCCCGCUGCUUCGCCAGCGGUAGCAGACCAGGGGGCCGCAACGCAAGCGCAUACAGGCAGGCCAUGCAUCAACAUAUACCUUCCACCUGCGAUCGAAUCGCACCGCUAUGUGCGCAGCGAGGAUGUGUCCCUCAUCGUCGAGAGGCCGGAGAGGGUGAGGGCAGUAAAUUUGGGCAUCGCUGCUUUCUUGGCCAGAUGCGCGGCCGGCCAUGAUGCGAUUGGCGUCGAUGGUGACACGGACAUGGCCGCACAGCGAAAGGCGGACGAUUCGAGCCAUGCCGCCUCCAGCUCAGCAGGCCGUCCCGCUAAAACAGAUGCAGGAAUGGAGGACUUGUCCAGUGCGCUCGCUUCGCUGGAUGUACGAGCGGAAGCAAAGGUCGAUCCGUCUGACUCGACAGCAUCACUCUCAGCCUCCUCUUCUACCUCUGUCGCCGCCAUUCGAGUGCACGUUACACGCAGCAAGAUUCCCCUCUCGCACCCUGCGUUUGCAGACAUACACGGAGAGCCCGUCUUGGAGCUUGCAGAUCAGGCUGCUGCCAAGGCGCAGGGCGGCAACGAUACGCAGGCAGGAUCUGCGCCUGUCGAGGCGGAGAAGGAGAAUGCGACACCCCCCUCCAAGGAGGCCGCAACGGAUAUGGUGGCAAAGCUUGCUGCGGCUGCACGGGGCGAGAGCGCAGCGCAGGGAGAGCAAGUGAGAGAGGAGCUCAAGACGAGUGAUGAGCCUGCGCCCAGCGGAACCAGCGCCGCUCCCCACAAACUCACGGACCAGGCAGCGCCUCUGUACCCUAUCGCUUCUCAGCCGCGUAAAGACGAGACUUAUGCGCACUAUCUGGACAGGCUCUGCUUGAUGGCGCCCGACCAAGCACCUCAAUCACCACCCCGUGCAGCUUUGCACACGCCCAAGAAAACUCGCCAAGACACCAGCAGUGCAGACCAGGCACCAAGUCCAAAGAGCGACUCGAGCGAGCAGUUGCCGGAGCGAGAAUCCGAGGUGCCGCUAGGAUGGCCUCAAGGGGAUUUGUACCUGUGUGGUCCAGCGAGAGGCGGCAGCGAUGUCCAAGGCGUCCUGCACGACGCCGUCGAUGGCGCGGACGGAGGCAGCAAAGCUGCGAUCGAAGCAUCUGUGGGAGCCAUCGAUCGAGCAGUGGAUGGCCUUUUUGCUGCACCGACCGCAGCUCAGGCAGGCGCCGGAAAGGCCACUUCAAACGCUUCUGCGUCGCUUGCGCCAGCUUUCGUGGUGGUCAGACCGCCAGGCCAUCACUGCGGAUCGGCCACGCCGAGCGGCUUCUGUUGGGUCAACAAUGUGCUUGUGGGGGCAUCGCUUGCGCAGAGAAAGUACGCCGUGGAUAGGAUCAUUGUGCUGGACAUUGACUUGCACCAUGGCAGUGAGUCGACUUUUAUGUGCGCGCUUGCAGACAUUUGCGUGGUUCCUGAUUGCUCGAGCUUCUCUGCAGACGGAACGCAAUCGAUUGCUUGGCGGCUGAAUACCGAGGCCGCUCGAAGAGCUGGAGAGCGCAAGGCUCGGAUAGCUGCGCUGCGGUCUCUGCGAGCCAAGCCGAAAGGCGGACGGCGGUCCGGUGCAGGCGCUACUCAAGACUCUGCCGCCUCGGAUGCGAACGCAAAGGAAGAGGAGCGUCUAAGCAAGGAGCGGGACCUGCAGGUGUUCUAUGGGUCUUUGCACGAUAUUGAGAGCUACCCCUGCGAAGACGGAGACGCGGAACUGGUCAGGGAUGCCAGCACGUGCAUAGAGGGUGCUCAUGGACAGUGGAUAUGGAACGGUGAGUUGCGUGCCAGUUUCAUCGCGCAUUGGGAGUCGAGGCACGUGCGCGCGAGCUAGGAUGGUUGUGAAAGGAUUUAUCUGUGGUUCGGAGAUGUGCCCAUGUCUCGGGGCUGCGGAGACGAGCCUUUUCAUACUGUUAGGAAAAGGUCUGAGGAAAGUCCAGCGGACUGGGGUCUGCAGGAUCUUCUAGAGCUGGAUCAAUUUGAGACACGGUCUUUCGGGACUGCACUGAGCUUGCCGCGUGCCAGCGACUUUUGGAGUUUUUGUUAUCAUCGUCUCGUGAGGUGCUGACUUUGUAUGCACCUCGACAUUUCGCAGUCCAUCUAGAGCAACACACGACGCAGCGCGAAUUCGAGGAAUUAUAUCGGCAAAAGUACUCUGUGCUUCUGAACAAAGCGCGUCAUUUUGCGCGCCGAACCGAUUCGCAACCGGACCGGACGCUCGUCAUUGUCUCGUGCGGAAUGGAUGCCUGCUCUCAUGAGCAUCCUGGAAUGCAGCGUCAUGGCAAAUCUGUACCGCCCGAAUUCUACCGACGCUUCGCUGGCGAUGCAAAAGCCCUGGCUGGGGAUAUCGCCGGUGGAAGGCUUUUGAGCGUCUUGGAGGGCGGGUACUCGGACAGAGCAUUGGUCAGCGCGACGCUGGGCCAUCUCUGCGGCUUGGCGGGCGUAGAGGGCGCGUCGGAAUGCGAGGAGGGCCAAAAGAAGAGAGCGCCCAAUGAGUCUUUACGCACCUGGUGGGACUUGGAGCACCUCGUAGCGCUAGAGAAGCUCGCUAAAAAAGCGGCUGCACCUGCGACGCAGACGUCCUCCAGGGGUGGAGAAUGGAGCAGACAGGCUGCGUGGCUGCAAGCUACGAACAGGCACUUUGCUACGCUGGAAGAGGCAUGCGGAAGGGUCCGACGGACGCGUAGCAAAGAGAUGGCCUCUUCGGCGCAAUCUACGCCCAAGCAUGCAACCCCACACUCUGAAUCUUCUCCAAGGGAAUUGAGAGCGGGUGCGAGAGCUAGGCAAUUGGCUUUUGUUGGCGAACACGCUGGCCAGAACCCGUCGAACGGAGACAUGAAGCGAAAAGAGGAAUGA